AUGUACGAACUCCCAGACACGCGGGACAUCCACUGCACGUACAUGCAGGAAAAGCUCCAAGAAAGAUACAAAAUUGUGGCCUUGCGAUGGCCGCAAGAUACAUGCGAUGCCGCCGCGGCAUCUCGGUCGACCCUGGCCGACUCGGCCUCGGCCGCCGAGGAUCAACUGAGUGCGCUGGCGGACGAAUUCUUCAAAGCGAGGUCGCUAGGUAUUGCGUUGCAGGCAGCCACGUUGAAGGUGCCGUCAAACGACGUCGAUCCUCAAGCGCCGCAGCGGAGACCUGUGACGCGCGCAACGCUCGACGUGUUGUUAGGACGAAUCCAGCCAAUCAUGGGCCUUCCUCGAUUAGGCCGGACCAGUGACACCUCAGCGUCAGCCUCUCAGUCUCAGCUUCAAUAA